AUGGGCGACCCAGCCGAAGCUGAGGCUUGGGUACGCGCAUUGGAGCGCAUCUUCACUUUUCUUCGCUGCACGGAAGAGGAACGACUCUCGUGCGUGUCUUUCCAGCUAACGGGAGCGGCUGACUUUUGGUGGGAAGCCUGCCGAAAGACACUGACUCCCGAGCAAUGGGCAGCCUACACAUGGGAAAGCUUUAAGACUGGGUUAUACGAUAAGUAUAUUCCCAAAAGCUACAGGAAGAAGAAAGAGACUGAGUUCUACAACCUGAGGCAAGGGAAGAGGACAGUGACGGAAUACGAUAGGGAAUUCUGUGAUCUAUCACGUUAUGCUCCACAGCAGAACUUCAAGGGGAAGCGCAACUGGAACAAUCAAGGAGGGAGUGAGAACCCAACUAAUAAGAAGCCAUGGCAAGGAGGUGCGCCGUCCUGGCAAGGAGGUGCGCCGUCAUGGCAAGGGAGUGCGCCGUUUGGACAGUUUCAGCCACAAGGACAAGGGAAGCAAAAGGGUCCUGCCCCGACCGGAGGCAACCAAAGACAGAAUGAAGUACCCCCUUCUCCAAAAUGCAACAAACCACAUCGUGGUGUUUGUAGGGCUGGAACUGACGAUUGCUACACAUGUGGCCAGAAGGGUCACUACUCCUCUCAGUGCCCCAACAGACAGCAGGGCGCUGCAAUUAGGGCCACUUAUGCCCAACCCCUCCGAGCAGUUCCAGGGCAACAGCAGCCCCGCCAACAACAGCCACACCAGCACCAACAGCGCCGGCAGCAACAGAAACAACUGCAACAACCGCCGCAGCAGGCAAGAGCCUUUGCUAUCACCCAAAACUAG